AACUAAUGUUUGUUGUUUUCUUGUCCAGCCGAGUAUGCAAUCGCCGAUCCUUGGUUGCAUAAGAUGACAAGUGAGACCCAGCGCUCAACCCGGCCCGGGGGAGUCGGCUUCCCCGUCUCGCUUUCUCCGCCACCCCAUUGGUUACCGGAGUCUCUCCCCUUUCCACCCCCCCACCGGAUCAGAGACUCCCUCCCUCCACAGGACCGAAGCCAAAUUUCAAUAGAUGUUUUUGUAGACAGACGCCUCCUUGCAAGCAGUCGGAUGCGCGGUGCUGCUCGCCGCUGAGAUUCGCGCGGUUUCCUGUUCCGCGCUGCCCGCUGCUGAGGCCUGACCCCAUCCUGCUCCCUGGCACGCAAGCAUGGCCUGUAGCCUCUUCAGCCGCCACCUGACAGUGCCCCUGUGCCAGAGCCUGCGUCUGUCUGGCCCGGGAUACAGACACGUGAGCAAGACCGCAGCGAAGACCCUGGAUGAGUUUGACUAUGACGGUCCUUCCAUGAAAAGCAAGGUGCCUGGACCCCGGUCCAAGGAGCUGAUGAGGCAGUUGGGGGAGAUUCAGAAUGUGGGUGCCGUCCACUUCUUCUGCAACUAUGAGGAGAGCAGGGGCAACUAUCUGGUGGAUGUGGACGGCAACCGCAUGCUGGACCUGUACACCCAGAUCUCCUCCAUCCCCAUCGGAUACAACCAUCCGGCCCUCAUGAAGGUCAUGAGUAGCCCCCACAACCUGAGCACGUUUGUGAAUCGGCCAGCCCUUGGGAUCCUACCGCCGGAGAACUUUCCGGAUCGGCUGAAUGAGAGCCUGCUUUCGGUGGCCCCCAGGGGCAUGAGACAUGUGCAGACCAUGUCCUGCGGCUCCUGCUCCAACGAGAACGCCUUCAAGUCCAUAUUCAUCUGGCACAGGAACAAGGAGCGGGGACACAAAACACCGACACAGGAGGAGAUGACCUCAUGCAUGGUCAACCAGGGCCCGGGCUGCCCCGACCUCAGCAUCCUGUCUUUCAUGGGCGGUUUCCACGGAAGGACUAUGGGCUGCCUGGCCACCACGCACUCCAAGGCCAUCCACAAGCUGGACGUGCCCUCCUUUGACUGGCCCAUCGCCCCCUUCCCUAAGCUGCGGUACCCGCUGGAGGAGUUCGUGCGGGAGAACGGCCAGGAGGAGGCGCGCUGCCUGGAGGAGGUGGAGGACCUCAUCGUGAAGUGGAGGCAGAAGGGCAAGACCGUGGCGGGAAUUGUGAUCGAGCCAAUCCAGGCUGAGGGGGGGGACAACCACGCCUCUCCAGACUUCUUCAAGAAGCUGAGGAACAUUGCACGCAAGCAUGGCUGUGCUUUCCAAGUGGAUGAGGUCCAGACCGGGUGCGGUCCUACCGGAAAGUUCUGGGCGCACGAGCACUGGGAUCUGGACGAGCCCGUGGACGUCGUCUCCUUCAGCAAGAAAAUGCUGACUGGGGGCUUUUUCUUCCGAGAUGAGCUCAUGCCUGAUAAGCCGUACCGUAUCUUCAACACCUGGAUGGGAGACCCUUCCAAGAACGUCUUCCUAUCCGCGGUGCUGAACGUGAUCAAGACGGAGCGGCUGCUGGGCGAGGUCACGCGCUCGGGGGCGGCCCUACUGCACGGCCUCAUCGAGCUCCAGACCCAGUACCCCCACCUCCUGAACGCUGCCAGAGGCUUGGGCACCUUCUGUGCCAUCGACGCCUGUGAUGACAAAACGCGAGACGCCCUGAUCCAGAAGGUCAGGGACAAAGGGGUCAUCUUGGGCGGAUGUGGCGACAAGUCCAUUCGGUUCCGGCCCUCUCUGGUCUUCAAGGAGUACCACGUCCACCUCUUCCUCAACAUCUUCAACGACGUGCUGGCCGAGCACAAAUAGGCUAGUGGCGGAGGGGUGGGGGGCUGGCCAUCCUGGGAGAAGCACAGAGUCAAACCAAUCGGGGGAGUAAUCCAUAGUGAUAUAAUGUGAAUGAGCCAAUCACACAUGUUCUUUAACAGAAGUUCCACCCACAUUCAUUCUUUCAGUAACAUGUAUAGAUAUUAAGAAUUGCACAAAAUCAGUUCUUAUACCCUCAUUAGCAAGAGCACAAUUUCUCAUUUAGAUAGCUAUUUCAUGUCUCAUGCAAUUAAUUAUUUUCCAAAAUGUGAUCACGUCUGCUGGCAGUAGUGUUACAGGGAUAAUCAUGCAGUCCUGCAAAGUCGGGUUUGUAUUUGCAGAGGUGGGAGUACAGUCAGAGUAUGUGGAUGUCACAACAACAUUUCAGACGCUAACUUUGUGACCGUUAAUCUAGCAGUACUCUAGGUCUCCACUAGGUGGGGCGGAGGCUGGCAUCUGUUUUCAGACGUCAUAAAACAUUGUGUGCAUCCCAUUGUCUGAUUUUAAACUAAUGUAAUGAGACGUUAACGAAGCCUGUUAUUCAUCCUUGCAAGUGGCGUGACACUGAAAGGACUUGUAAUUAAUUUUUAAGCAUUGGUAGGACACAAGGGUGUAGAAGAUGGAUGGUGUGGUGGAUGAAGGCAGUGACAUGAGACCUUGCUGAACCGUUUCCUUAAACUUUAUGAAGUGGCUGCCCAAUGGACAGUUUCGAGUCUUGGUGCUCUGUAUAAAUGUAUAACCUUUGAACAAGUUCACACGAACCUGGGCAUUUAGCUCGUAGCACUAGAUACUAGCGGGCGAUUUGAUGUACUAAUUAAUACUAUCAAACAGCAAUGCUUAUGAUGUCACGCACAAUACUCAUUCCUUAAGUAAAUGGUCUUAUCUUGACAGUAGUUUACAGAAACACUAACCACACUUUUGCCCUGUUUUUUAAAAGAAUUAUAUAUAAAAUUGGAUUUUAAAAAAGUGGCAGGGGUUUGUGCUCCUAGAAGGUAAACGGCUUUGAAAGUACUGUGCCACACGACACACAGUACUUUUAAAUUAUUUAUAUUGGUGUGAGGAACAGAGUCAGUGAGAGGAGGAGAAAUGGCUCAAUGAAGGAACCUGGAGAUGUUUUUGAUAGAAGUCAGGGUCCGUUCGUGCUCCUCUGUGACCAUAUGGGCACGAGUGCCAUUUAUUUCCCCAGUGUGGCUCCUUUUAUUCUGCAGACGUGCUCCUUCUCUUAGUGUCAGCUGCAACGUGCCUGAAUCCUAGGCCUUUCCAAGCCGGCUGCCGCGUGGCCGGGCACUUUAGCGAUUCCCCGCUAAAGUGAGUCCGGCGCCGCCCGUUAUUCCCGACCCAGGUGCUAAACUUCCAGGCAGAGCAAGACAGAGCGGCUCCAUGCUCAGAACGCACCUAGAGUCUGUGAAUCACCAUUUUUACAUCAUGUCGAUCGCACUUUACCUUGCUGCGGUGUGCCGGUCUUGACCUUCGGUAGAUAUCUACGGUUUUUGGCAGUUUCUGCCUCGUUUAGUUGGUUGUACAUAUUCAGAGGAGAGAAUCUGCAUUGAUCAAGAAACUGAGUUCAGCCAUUGUAGUCCCAUUAUGAACCUAAACACAGAUGUCCUCCUAACCUUCUACAGUUCAUACAGAAGAACUGUGCACCUCUGGUCGAUUUUAGUCCUAGUUAUGGGACAGUUAGCUCAGUCUCAGUCCCAAAUUAAAGUAACUUGUGGAACCCGUCUUACACCGUGUCAAUAACGACUUAUUUUUGUGAUGCAGCCAAACCCGUUUUAAGCGUUAAUGGUCUCGUGUUUAAAACGUUUUGAAUGUUAAACAUUUUUAGAAGUCGUGACCACAUCCUGAAGCUGCAGCCAUUUUAAAAUCUCUCUCUCUGUACUAGAGUUGUAAUUUUAUUUCCAGGAAUUAAAAGCAUUAGAUGUUUCAAGUAAAUCUACUGUAAAAGGAUGUUUGCAAUUUAACAUGAGAAACGCUUUGUUAUAUGGUAAUGUAAGAAUUGCUAGUUUAGAUGUAAUUACAAGUCUGGUCUAAUUGUUGUCUAACGACUAUGUAUUCUAAAAGACCUUUUAAUUUCUGUCACCAUCGUUGUGAAUAUCUGUAAAUAACAUUUGCAUUAAUUUGUUUAAAAUUUGUAUUUGUAUUUUUUUUUUUUUUUUUUUUUAAAGAAUGUUUUGAGUCUUAACAUUAAAUCUAUGGUGGGGAAAAAGUGGCUGAUGAUAGUCUUUGCUGCAUGGGACCACUGAAGAUGUUCAGGGUUAAUAUCUUUAUGGCAAUUUUAUUGGUUUCCGUGUCAGAGGUUCUUAUAUCCUUAACAAAAAACAUUCGUAACAAGACUGGGGGGAAAAAAAUAAAUCCACAAAUUGGAACCUUGA